AUGUUCUGCAAGUGGCGAGGAAAGGACAUUAAAAUCUACGGCAACGGUGUUAUCGAAUGUCAAGGGUUGGUCAACAUCAUCUGUAUUCAUGAUAAAAAGCUGACUACAUCAGACAACGGUGGUGGAAUGAAUUUGAAUCUCAAGUACAUCCCCAUUGUCGAAAAAGAAUACUCAGACCAACUCACGAUUCAUAGCAUUCCGAACCUCGACAACAAACAUUAUAAGCGCCCAAUCCUCUUCUACGCCGAGGACACGACGAAUCUAGAUGUCUCGGGCAUAGAUCUCAAAGACUCGCCUUGUUGGAACAACUUCAUCUCGGCCGCUCGUAUUAAAGUUUGGGCCGGUGAAGAAACUGGCACAAGAUUCGUCAACAACGUCACCUUCAACUUUCAAGUAUGUCUCACCAACAAUGGCACGAACGACCUUCGCUCAUCGGAUAACAGAAACUUCUGGGUCGCGCGAAUGGACUAUGGUAUCAUUCUGGACUCAUGCUACUUCAGCAUCUCAGCCGACCGCGAGAUGUCUAUGAUCGAGUCCAUCGGCUUCACUGGUACCUCUGUUGGCCUGCUCGCCACUGGAAUUUUCGGCAUCGUGAAGAUGGCUGCUAUCAUACUCUAUUCUGCAUUCCUGGUCGAAAAGCUAGGACGACUACCGCUACUAAUGAUAGGCGGCGUUGGCACUGAUGUGGCAACGUUCUACCUGUUCGGCUACUCUAAGGUCCGUACUCUUGGAAUGGCAUUCGGUAUCUGCGUUCAGUGGGUGACUCAGUUCAUUGUGGUUUACAGCUUGCCGCAUAUGAUCAUCGGUAUUACCUAUGGUACCUUCCUCUUCUUCGGCGCAUACACCGUUCUGGCAAUCAUCUUUAUAUGGCUGUUUAUUCCAGAGACAAAGGGCGUACAGUUGGAGGACAUGGAUCUACUUUUCGGACCUAAUGUGCCCAUUUUAGCGUUCCAGGCGAGGACCAACUAUUUGCAGGUUAUCGGUGCUCGGGGGUUGGAAUAG